AUGAUGUCGUCUGGACCACAUCCCUCUGUUCCUCUCACACAAGCGCAAAUUGCGCAACAACAACAAGCGCAGGCGCACGCUAGCGAACUGGCGAAGCGAAGAAGCCGCAAACCGACAGACAAGAAUAUUCCCGAUGGCGUGGAGGAUUGUAUCAUCGAUCCCGAUGGCGUCAAGAGAUAUGCCGAAUUGAGAGAGAUUGAGAGGUUGAUUGACGCUACCAUAACGCGGAAGAGACUGGACGCGCUUGAUGACGCAAAACGAAGCUCCAAGUUGCGAAAAACGUUGCGAAUCUGGAUUAGCAACACUACCGAAGAUCAGAUCUGGCAGGGAGAAAGUCUCAAUGCGGAUUCUUUUGACUUUACUCCGGCUAUGGAAGCAUCUUACCGCGUGAAGAUUGAGGGUUACCUCUUAGACGAAGACGAUAGCGUGGUUGACCAACCGAAGAACGACCAGCCAGAGGACAAACCCGCUGGUACAGAGACGAAUCAAAUGAAGCACCGAUUUUCGCAUUUUUUUCAAUCUAUUUCUAUAGAAUUUGAUCGCUCCCGGUUCCGGAGUGGUUCUGAGCACACGGUAGAAUGGAGAAGGCCAGAAGGCUCGCAAAAUCAAGCAGCCCCUACUGCGCCAACCGAUGGCGACUUUGACGAAUUUACUUUUAAGCGUAAUGGCGACGAGAAUAUCAACAUCACGGUCAAUCUACAGAGACACGAGUCACCCGAGCGAUACCAACUAAGCCCUGAGCUGGCGCAAGUAGUUGAUAUGACCGAGGCGACACAACAUGAGGCUGUUAUGGCCCUGUGGGAAUAUAUAAGGCUCUCAGGGCUGCAAGAAGAUGAAGAAAGGCGCAAUUUUCGGUGCGAUGGCUAUUUGAAAAAGGUUCUUGGACGAGAUUCGGGCAUUAUACCGAUGCUCAGUGAAUAUGUAAUGCCACAUCUUCGCCCCUUGCCUCCAAUAUCUCUCCCGUAUACAAUUCGAGUGGACGAAGAAUUCCACAGAAAUCCCCAGCCUACGGUCUACGACGUUCAAGUAUUGGUAGAGGAUCCAGCCAAGGCAAACUUGCGUCCGAUAUUGAAUAAUCCUCAAUACGCAACCACACUGAAGCAGGUUACCGCGCUAGAUGAGCAGCUGGCAAGGCUUGUGCAAGCAAUUUCCAUGUCCAAAGCCAAGCACUCAUUUUUCACAUCGCUGAGCGAAGACCCAGCCAACUUUGUUAAGAGCUGGCUCAGCUCACAAAAACGCGACCUUGAGAUUAUCAUGGGAGAAGCAGCAAGCGAUGCUGAAAAUGUUGCCGGUGAUGAGUGGCGGCGGGGCGGAAAUAAUAGUGUGUGGAACAGCCAGAACGCCAGGGAGAGUGUCAACGUGUUACUCUCUAGGCAACGAUGA